AGUCAGCAGGCAAUCCAGCCGUUUCCACCACACAUACGUACGUACGUACGUACAUACAUACCAUUUUCCCCAUCCGCAUAUUAUCUCUUCAUCUGAUCAACAAUUUGGACUCCAUGGCCACCAAUUUUACCUCCUUCCUCUAACCCCAAUAUUCGGCACUUGUUCAUGUUCCAUAUUGUUCAUCGUCAUUCUUUUUCCCUUCAACUGAGUCUGCUCGGGUCUAUCAAAAGUUCGUUUUUGAAACCGCCUUUUGGCUACGGCGAAUUAUCUAAUGGCUUAUGCUUUGUCCGGGCCUCAAUUCACCAUCACGUCCUGGACUACUCAGGGUGAUGAUAGGAAUGAUUUGGGUUCCUCUUUCAUCUUCACUCCUCAUUUCCAGCUUUUAAGGAAUAGUUUUGCUGGAAAAUCGUCUUAUGGUCCCCAGAACCCAUUUUUCAUGGCAAUGGCAUCAAAGAAGGAACUCAGAAUUACUAAGGAGAAGUGCCACAAACUCACGUCACUGCAUCUUAGUAAUGAAAUUUCCGACUCUCAUGAGAACUUCACAUUGUUGGACAAAAAAAGGAAGAACAUUGCAAAAGCAUUGAAUUUUAGGGCUCUACAAAUGCCAUUGAUGGACUAUCUCAAACUUUUCGUAAUAUGUGGAUUCUUUACUCUUCAAAGUAGUGAACAAGCAAUUGCCGGUUCAGACCUUGCUAGAAACAUGCAAUCCCUUUCAUUUUUAGGGGAUUUGGGUGAUAUUAGCACAGGUUUUGCUUCAGCUUUCUUGUUGAUAUUUUUUUCCGAACUAGGUGAUAAAACCUUCUUUAUUGCGGCACUUCUGGCAGCAAGGAAUUCUGCCGCUGUGACGUUCAUUGGAACUUUUAGUGCACUAGCUCAGGGAACUACUUGGUUGAAGGAUAAUAUUCUACACACCAGUGCAGGAAGCAUCUACUGUAGCCAUUUGUUGCAUUUACAAAAAUUGACAACCAAGCAUGGAAAUCAAUCUAUCAUUUGGGACAACAUUAAUCAAUUACACUCAUGUAUAUUGUGUGAUAAUGUGAACAGGCUAAUGACAAUCAUCUCUGUUCUCCUUGGUCGAACUUUUCACUAUAUUGAUGGCAUCCUUCCUUUCAGAUUUGGAAAUGCAGAUUUACCUAUUGAUGAUCUUGCUGCAGUUUGCCUUCUGAUAUAUUUUGGUGUUUCAUCCUUGAUUGAAGCCUCCUCUGGUGAUGACCUAAAAGCAGAUGAAGAACAAAAGGAAGCAGAGCUGGCAGUAUCUGAACUUUCAGGGUCUGGUGCGGGUAUUUUGGCUGCUGCAAACACUUUGUUUAGCACUUUCCUGCUUGUGUUUGUUGCUGAAUGGGGUGACAAAUCUUUCUUCUCUACAAUUGCCCUUGCUGCAGCGGCAUCACCUCUUGGAGUCAUUGCAGGUGCCUUCGCUGGUCAUGGAGUAGCAACACUGCUUGCUGUUUUAGGUGGCUCUUUCCUGGGAACCUUCCUCUCUGAGAAGGCAAUAAGAUACAUUGGGGGUAUACUCUUCCUGGUGUUUGCUGCAGUCACAUUUGUUGAGAUUGUGAAUUAGGGGCAGCUAAAGAAGAAUGAAGUGCGUAGAUCUGGAUGCGGCGUGCACCGGAUAACAGCUCUUAUGUCUGUGCAGGUAGUAGCUAGGUUCUGUGAAUUAUUGACUGCGGUUGAACCAGUAUGCAUGCAUGUGGUUAAUAGACAUUCUUAAUACGGUGUUUAUGGUGGAGGGGAUGUGAGCAGGUUAGGCUGUGGACCGAAACUAACAAACAAACCAACUCAAGCAGGUUGCACUUGAGUUCGUGUAUGUCUGCAAUGCAUUGAAUCUCUUGCUUUGAACUCA